CUGCGACCACAUACCUGGAAACUUAACCACAGCCUCGCCGCCGCAGCAGCAGCAAGCACAGGCUUCGUGGUCGGCAGCUCCGGUACUCCAUGGAACGUUAUGAUAGCAGCGACAACGACGUUUCUGAUCACCGUCAUAGCAUCUAUAGUUCCUGUGCCUUCGAUCUCAGGUACGUAGUUUACUACUUACUUCCUAGUUGGGCAAGGCAGGUUCUAAUAUCGCAAGCAGCUGCCACGACGGGUUCGAGGCUGAACAAGGCUUUGGCUGGACGGGGCCUUGCUGCGAAGAUCGUGGUUUAUGGUGCGGUGGUUGGGGCUUUUGGUUUGCUGGGUGUGUUUGUGCGUUGAUGAGCGACAGGAAGAGACGGUGUGGGCUUACGCGAUAAGUGGUUGGCGGUUUGCAGAUCAAGGACCUUUGCCGUUUUUUCGCGGAUACGGGCCAGGGUGAGGUGUGCGGCUCUUAAGCAACGACUGUGCGAUUAGUUUUGGUUUAGAUGUCGAUAUUUUGCUUAGCUGAUUCCUUCGUCGACACCGGUAUUAGCUCAUCGCUUUCGCAGCAUCGCUGCUGUUUGUGUAUCUCAUCAACAUCCA